AUGCCAACCACAGCUCUGCCUGCACCCAUGCGCCAUGCCAACCACAGCUCUGCCUGCACCCAUGCGCCAUGCGCCAUGCCAACCACAGCUCUGCCUGCACCCAUGCGCCAUGCCAACCACAGCUCUGCCUGCACCCAUGCGCCAUGCCAACCACAGCUCUGCCUGUACCCAUGUGCCAUGCCAACCACAGCUCUGCCUGCACCCAUGCGCCAUGCGCCAUGCCAACCACAGCUCUGCCUGCACCCAUGCGCCAUGCCAACCACAGCUCUGCCUGCACCCAUGCGCCAUGCCAACCACAGCUCUGCCUGUACCCAUGCGCCAUGUGCCAUGCCAACCACAGCUCUGCCUGCACCCAUGCGCCAUGCCAACCACAGCUCUGCCUGCACCCAUGCGCCAUGCGCCAUGCCAACCACAGCUCUGCCUGCACCCAUGCGCCAUGCCAACCACAGCUCUGCCUGCACCCAUGCGCCAUGCCAACCACAGCUCUGCCUGCACCCAUGCACCAUGCGCCAUGCCAACCACAGCUCUGCCUGCACCCAUGCGACAUGCCAACCACAGCUCUGCCUGCACCCAUGCGCCAUGCCAACCACAGCUCUGCCUGCACCCAUGCGCCAUGCCAACCACAGCUCUGCCUGCACCCAUGCGCCAUGCCAACCACAGCUCUACCUGCACCCAUGCGCCAUGCGCCAUGCCAACCACAGCUCUGCCUGCACCCAUGCGCCAUGCCAACCACAGCUCUGCCUGCACCCAUGCGCCAUGCCAACCACAGCUCUGCCUGCACCCAUGCGCCAUGCCAACCACAGCUCUGCCUGCACCCAUACGCCAUGCCAACCACAGCUCUGCCUGCACCCAUGCGCCAUGCGCCAUGCCAACCACAGCUCUGGCCCACGCCCAUCUCCCUUUCUCCGAGGCACAUAA